CCCGAUUGAACGAACUGGAGGACUCCUUUUUUUCACAUUCCCUACUUAGGCGAUUGUGGACAAAGAAAAGCACAAGCAAAAAAAAAAAGAAGCAAUCAUUCAUCUAACAUGAACUCCCUGAAUUCCACCCUCUCUCCAAAUACAACUUUUGUGCGUCCCCCAUUUUUUUUCAUCAAUGGUUUUUAUGACAUACCCCAUGCCAAAUACUACUAUGUUUUCCUGUGCUUUGUUUUUGUGGUCAGUGUUUUGGGGAACUCCUUUGUCAUGUUUAUUAUUUACACAGAGCGCAGUUUUCACACCCCAAAGUAUUUGGCCAUUUUUAGUUUGGCUGUAGCUGACUUGGGUGAAAGCACUGCUCUUAUUCCAAAUUUAAUUGCAACAUUUCUUUUCGAUUCCCAGUACAUCUCCUUCGACGCUUGCAUGGCCAACAUGUUUUUUGUGUUUUUCUUUUCCAGUUUGCAAGCUCUCACUCUUACUGUUCUGGCCUAUGAUAGAUUGGUGGCAAUAUGCUUGCCACUGAGAUACCAUGCCAUUAUCACAAUGCCAGCAAUGGUUGUGAUGUUAACAGUGGUGUGGGCAUUUGAUUCAUUUUUCCUGAUUCUAAUGGUGUCUUUGAUUACCAGGUUGUCCUUUUGUAAAUCCAUUGUGGUACAAAGCUACUUCUGUGACCAUGGACCAAUUAUAUUUGGGGUCAUUAUGCCACCACAAGAUGAAGUGCUGUCCAAUGAGUUUUGA